AAGGAGGUUGAAGAUAAUGGUGAAGAUGAUGAUGGAGAUGAUAAUGGAGAUGAUGAUGGGGAUGAUGAUGGGGAUGAUGGUGGGGAUGAUAGUGAUGAUAAUGAUAACGAUGAUAAUGAUAGGGAUGAUAAAAAGAACAUUGGGGGGCAUAGUGUGGGAAAAAUGGACAUUGAAUGUAAACAUUGUGGGGCAUUAAGAUGGAAGAGGGAAAAACCAGGACUUUGUUGCAUGAAUGGUCAAGUUAUAUUAGCACCACUUCAAGCACCACCACCAGAAAUUUAUUAUUUUCUUACAGAAAAAGAUCCAAUAUCUAAA